AUGCUUAGAGAAGUAAGGAUGAGAAGUACAAUCACUGGUGUACAAUUCGCUGCAUGGGGUGGGAUGUUCAGUACGAUUGAUUGCGCACUAGUUGCCAUUCGAAAGAAGGAGGACCCAUUCAACUCGAUUGCUUCUGGUGGCUUGACUGGCGCCUUGUUGGCAAUAAGGAGCGGUCCAAAAGUGAUGGCAGGAUCAGCUAUACUUGGUUCAGUGAUUUUAGCCAUGAUUGAGGGUGUAGGUCUGAUUACUACUCGAUGGAUGGGUUCCAUGGUGGAUCCAACUGCACCUCCAGUAAGUCUUCUUCUUUCGUCAUUUGGUUAUUGUAGGUGA